UUCCUGCAGAGUUUCCUCUCCGCUGCUCUCAUGGCUGCUCUCACCUCGUGUCCUCUCGUCUUCACGCUCCUGUGGAUCAGUCGGGCUGUGGCUGCAGUAGAUUCAGAGGUGAAGGCAAAGCCCGGAGGAGACGUCACUCUUCAGUGCAACAGCUCCACAGAUGCUGCCGUCAUAGUGUUAAUGUGGAACAGACCUGGCCGAGAGGAUGAUUACGUCUUCUACUUCAGAGAUAACAGGCUGUUUGAAAGCUUCCAGGAUCCACGUUAUCGAGGUCGUGUUGAGCUGAAAGAUCCAGAGAUGAAGAAUGGAGACGUUUCUGUUCUCCUGAAGAACGUCAGCAAAGAAGACUCAGGAACGUACGAGUGUCUGGUUACAACGUUCUCCAUGCAUCGAUUGAAGAAAGUCUUAAUGACCUCCGUCCAGCUGAGCGUCUCUGAAGUCUUAAAUGCACGUGUCUAUUUCACAUCUGAAGAGAUUCAAAACAGAGCUAAAAUGCAAAUGGCUAACGUCAGAGAGGGACGCUCAGCAGGUGAGUAUAAAUUAGGUGUGUGUGUAAGUUCUUCCUGUAAUUUGUUCUCGAAGGUUGGAGAAAACUUCCUGUGUGUGACACCGGUUUCCUUGUUUCCUUGUUUCCUUGUUCCUCAAUGUAUUCACAGCCUCUCAUCAAUGGCUGCUUUAACACGGGUGCAACAUGUGGCUGUACACCUGUUGUUGGUGUGGAUUCAGUCUCUGGCUACAGGAGAUCAUGAGGUGAAUGCAGAGCCUGGAGAAGACGUCACUCUUCAGUGCCACACUUCCACAGAUGCUGCCAUCACACUGUUAGCGUGGAAGGGACCUGGGCUAGAGGAUAAGUACGUGUUCUACUUCAUGGAUAAUGAGUUGAUGGAAAGCUACCAGAAUCCACGUUAUCAUGGUCGUGUUGAGCUGAUACAUCCAGACAUGAAGAACGGAGACGUUUCUGUUCUCCUGAAGAACGUCAGGUCUGAUGACACAGGAACGUACCAGUGUUGGGUUACUUCCCCCCAAGUGUACAGGAAGAGUGUUGCCUCCGUCCAUCUGAGCGUCUCUGAAGGUCCUGAGAAGGAAAUCAACGAGGAACACCCGAUUAAUGGAGACGCCAACGAUGAACAAGCAGGGGGUCCCAGAGGAGACGUUGUGGUGGGAGUUAGUGUGGCACUGGUUUGUCUCGUUGGUGUUGUUGUUGUUGUUGUACUUGUUGUAAAAUGUCAAAGAGCAAAGAAGAAAAGAUCAGAAGAGUGUUUCAAUGAACAGGAAAUGUCCGAACGGACACCUGACUGUCCUCCAUCCCCUGCUUCUCCUCUCCUGAAUGUCGACCCUGUCGUGGUGGAGGGUCUUGAUGAAUAACCCAACCACCUGCACUACCUGAGGGGUUCACUACUAUCUAAGUCAGAUUACAGGGAUAUCAGGUACUCACGCUGCAGACACACGCUGCUCCAGACCACGUUGUGUUCAGGGUUUAGGCUUAAAAUUAGCAAACCCAUCAGGGUUACAAAGACCCCUGUAAAUACCCCCAUCAGGAUUACAAAGACCCCCAUCAGGAAAACCACCAGACUCAGAGACAGUUUCAUCCCUCAUACCUGAGCUGUACUAUCCCGUAUUUUUAUAUUAUUACUUGUUAUCUCUUGUAAAUUGCCCUGCUGAAGAACCUGUGAUCUGUGAAGUUUCUCAAUAAACCUUUGAAUCUUGAA